CAAUUCGAAAUCAAUAAAUUUUAGCAUGAUAAUUGUGAAUUUCUUCUAUUUUUUCGACUAUUAUUGAUAUUAUUAAGAUGAGAUUAAAUGCAAAUUUGAUGUUUAUUGGAAAGGUUGUUGUUUUGGUUCCAUACAAAAAACAUCAUGUUAUGAAAUAUCAUAAUUGGAUGAAAUCUUCAGAAUUACUUGAAAAAACAGCAUCAGAACCUUUAACACUGAAAGAAGAGUUUGAGAUGCAAGAAAAAUGGUUGAAUGAUGACGAUAAAUGUACAUUUAUUCUUAUAAAUAAAGCAGCAUUAUUAAAUUUUCAGUCAGUUGAUAAUCUUGUUUUGCCUAUAAGCAGAGAAAUAGAGUUAUCUUCUUUGGCUGGUGAUGUUAAUUUGUUUGUUAAUUUAGAAUCAAAUGUACACGAAGCUGAACUAGAGGUGAUGGUUGCAGAGGCUCAAUACCGUGGAAAAGGACUAGGAAAAGAGGCCAUUAAAAUAAUGAUUUUUUUUGCAACAAAUAAUUUAAAUAUAAAAAAGUUUAUAGUAAAAAUUGGUGCUGGUAAUUUGGAAAGUAUAAUGUUAUUUAAAGGUUUAGGUUUUGAGGAGGAAAGUUAUAGUUCAGUUUUUGACGAAACAACAUAUUGUUUAUAUUCAUCAAGCGAAAAAGUAAUGUUUAUGCUUGAGGAAAUUAGGUCUUACAUUUUAGAAAAAUCAUACAACAAUUGCUUUCUUUUUAAUGACUAAUUAUGAAGUGAAAUUAUUCUACUAUUUUAUUAUUUUCACAGAUUUUUUAAUUUUGUUUUUACAAUCAAGAGAUUAACUGAUAAAAUCUAUAGUAUUAAAUAUUGUAUUUUCUGUUUUUAUUUUAAA